UGUUUCUGCAGCCAGUCUGAUCUGAAUCCGUCCGUCGGCCGCCGACAGCUGAGGGUUUCCUGCUCGGGGCUUCCAGCCUGAUCAUAACGGUCUAUUUGCAUUCAAACGUUAGUGUCUGUCGUCUGUUUAAAUGGCGAAAACGUACGAUUAUCUCUUUAAACUCUUGCUCAUUGGAGACAGCGGAGUCGGUAAGACAUGUCUGCUGUUCAGGUUCAGCGAGGACUCCUUCAAUACCACCUUCAUAUCCACAAUAGGGAUAGACUUCAAGAUCCGAACAAUAGAGCUGGAUGGAAAGAGAGUCAAACUUCAGAUUUGGGACACGGCGGGGCAGGAGAGGUUUCGCACCAUUACUACAGCCUACUACAGAGGAGCCAUGGGAAUCAUGUUGGUCUAUGACAUCUGCAACGAGAAGUCCUUCGACAACAUAAAAAACUGGAUUAGAAAUAUUGAAGAGCACGCCUCAUCUGAUGUGGAGAAAAUGGUCCUCGGUAACAAAUGUGACAUGACUGACAGGAGGCAGGUGUCUAAGGACAGAGGGGAAAAACUUGCUAUCGAUUACGGGGUUAAGUUCAUGGAAACCAGUGCAAAGACUAGCUUAAAUGUGGAAGAGGCCUUUUAUACCAUGGGAAGAGACAUACUGCAUAAUCUGAACUCUAAGACGACUGACAACAGUGGAACAGGCAAACCGGUCAAGAUCACGGAUAAAAAGUCAAAGAGGAUCAAAUUCUUCAAGUGUUCGCUCCUCUAGGCUUCUCGUCUGUGGGGGGGGUUCACGUUCCUAACGUGGCCCUGGGGUUUUUGGAGGGUUCCUGCCUCUCGCGGCGGCGCUGCUCGUAAUCACGGGGCCUUACUGCCAGCUGGGGUCACCGACCGGUUCACGGGUGGUCCAGAGACUGCCCCGAUCUGCCAACCAGAAGAGGAUCAAAGACACUUGAAUAUCUGCCCUUGCAAGAGACUUCUGCGUGAUGGGCAGUGACGUGUAGCUCGCCCUGCAGAGGCCGCCCACAGCGGACGAUGGCUCUGCCGGCGUUUAUAACACACCUGUUGGAUUUAAUACGUUGCACACUAUUCUCUUAUACAUAAAGGAAAAAAUAAUACCAUUCUUUCUUAUAUUGUAGCAUCAUUUUAUACGCAAUAGUUACUAUCAUAUUUCCUAUAAGGAUGCUGUGAGAUAAAAAAUACGAAAGUCUCGGCACUGAUUGUAUACGUCUGUGUGAAUUAAUGUGUGUUCUUCAACUUAUGGCCUUUAGUUGCUCCGGCAUCAUUUCUGCCUCAAAGGAGCAUUGCAAUGGACAAAAAAAACAUAGUAAUGCAGCCUGUAUUCUCUUAUCUUUAUUCUUUUUUUUUUCUUCCUGGAAACUAUAUUUAUACAGGUAUCUGUCAAAGUGAAACUGUGAAAGGGAUAUUUAUUUGUUGGAAGCUGUGGUGAAUACGUACUGUUAAUACCACUGUCAGUAUUUGCUUGAGAGCUGUAGGGAGACCCCAGAAGGGUCAUUACUAAGCACACAGUAUCUGGAAAUGUUUACAAGCAGUAUUCGGACAUGUCGAUCGUAUGUAAAUGUUUUUGCUGUUCAUGUUUUUGCAUGCAUGCUUAUCUCAUUUUUGUUCUGAAACAAAAGACAUCCGGCGGGUCCCAUUUACAUCGCCUACGUGGGGUAACAAGGGGUAAUAACUACUGGAACUGAUUGUCUCUGUAAGGUCUUGUAUGUUACACAAGUGGAAGUCUGCAGAAGUAAAGGAAGUAGAUCUUUAUGAGAGUGCUGA